CUGGUCCAGGGUCUGUCUUACAUCAUACGUGUGUGAAAUCGUGCGCGUAAAAGCGCUGCGCUCUGCCAUUUACCGCAAAGUGUCCACUGAAUACCAAUAGAGCAGAUCAGCAGAAGAUCCUGUAUGCCUGGAUCUGUCAGAAUUCAAUGCCACAAUGGAUAAUAAAACAAUACAAUCUUCAUGCAACGUGACCAAUCCGGAUUACAACCAAAUCAACUGCACGUCUCCAGCGUGGAUGCUCUACCCUGACUUCUACAUCUGGCUACCGGUUAUUUACUCAAUCAUCUGCGCUGUGGGACUCACGGGCAACACCGCUGUUAUUUACGUGAUUUGGAAGGCGCCUAAAAUGAAAACGGUCACCAAUUUAUUCAUCUUGAAUUUGGCCAUCGCAGACGACCUUUUCACGUUGGUGUUGCCCAUCAACAUAGCCGAGCACCUGUUAAACUACUGGCCGUUUGGAGAGAUUUUAUGCAAAGUGAUUCUGUCCAUAGACCACUACAACAUCUUCUCCAGCAUCUUCUUCUUGACUGUGAUGAGUGUGGACCGCUAUCUGGUCGUGGUGUCCACAUUGCGCUCCAAACGGAUGCCCCACCGGACCUACAGGUCAGCCAAAACAGUCAGCCUGAGCGUUUGGGCUCUGGUCAUUCUCAUCGUGAUGCCCUUUACCGUUUUCGCCGGUGUCUAUGUAAGUCCCGACGACGCGGAGAGCAGGAAGAGCUGCGUUUUGAGUUUCCCAAGUCCUGAGAGUUUCUGGUUCAAAGCGAGUCGGAUCUACACGCUGGUCCUCGGUUUUGUCAUCCCAGUUUCAACCAUAUGCAUCCUCUAUAGUGUGAUGCUGUACAAGCUGAGACGCACGCGUCUCAACUCAAAUGAGAAGGCUCUGGACAAAGCCAAGAAACGAGUCACAAUGAUGGUCUUCGUUGUGCUUGCCGUUUGCUUGUUUUGUUGGACACCCUUCCACCUGAGUACGGUGGUCGCCCUCACCUCAGACUUGCCCACCACUCCUCUGGUUAUAGGUAUUUCUUAUUUCAUCACGGGACUGAGUUAUGCCAACUCGUGUCUCAAUCCGUUCCUUUACGCGUUCUUAGACGACAGUUUCAGGAAGGCAUUUAAAAAAAUGUUGGAAUGCUGAACCGUUUUUGUACCCUAAUAAAUCAGGCCAAUAAGGUUCGAGUUCCCACUUAGCAACAUCAAAACGUAGUCUUAAAGUCAUUUUAAAACAAUCACCUUGACUCAAGUAGCUAAUUGUCUGCAAUGUAAAAUGUUUUCAUUAUUGUCUAGUUUCAACAUAAUUUUCCUGAUCAGUGUUUAAAUUUGAAGUGGUGCAGAAGAGUUAUGAAUGUUCCACUGUUGGGUGUGACUUUAGUACCACUGUAAUUUUAGCACAAUUAAACUUUCAUUAACACUCAUUCAUUAAUUUUUUUUAUAAGUAUUUGGUAACACUUAAUUUUAAUUAACCUUGAUACACGUUACAUAUAUUUACUAUUAUAAUAACAAUACAUUAUGCAUAAUUACAUGCAAGUAUAAACCAAACCCUAAUCCAAACAUAGUUAUUACAAUUACACAUCACUAUACUUAAAUGCAUAAUUACACUGUAACAAGGACACCUUAAAAUAAAGUGAAACCAAAUCUUGUUUUAAAGUGUAAAUAAUUAUUUAUGUAUAAUACAUAAAUACUAAUGGGUGUGUGUGUAUAUAUAUAUUUCUCUCUUAUGCUAUGUGGUUUGGGUAUGUUUUGUAUAUAAGCUUUAAAGCUUGAAAGUGAAACU